CACCGAAAGUAACUUUAGCAAGAUGGCUGACGAUGCUAAUGCUGGCGAAGAUUUUGGUCGUGAAACAUUUGAACUCGGUAAAGAUUUAGACAGAAUGACCGAGCAGAUGGAGAACAUUUCAGUGAAUCUAACUUGGAUGGCGUACGACAUGGUGGUGCUGAGGACUGACCCUCAGCUCUCAAAGUCCAUCAAGAGGCUGGAGAACGAAUUCGUCCAGUGUAAAGCUGUUAUCUGCUGCUCUGGAGGCAAACUAGUUGACCAAUCUACAGUUGCAAACCAAAAAACACCCAUUGAGUAG